AUGGCUUCGUUACUGUAUCCAUUAACUAUAUGUUUAUACUUACUUAAUCUUUCUGCUGCGGUUUUUGAGGACCAGGUUGGAAAAUUUGAUUGGAGACAACAGUAUGUUGGAAAUGUGCGCUUUGCAUAUUUUGAAACCCAACCACAGUCACCUAAUGUAAACGUUAAAAAACUCCUUGUGGCUACUGAGAACAACAUAUUCGCCUCCCUUAAUUCAAGGACGGGAGAUAUCUUCUGGAGGCAUGUGGAUAAGACAGGUCCAGAGGGACACAUUGAUACCCUUUUAGUGCAUGGACAAGAUGCCAUUGUGGUUGUUGGCAAUGGCCGUCUUCUUCGCUCCUGGGAGACCAACAUAGGAGGACUGAACUGGGAAACUGUGCUUGACACAGGAAGUUUUCAGUCGGCUGCUCUUAUUGGAGUGCAGGAUCUUGUGAAGUAUGUGGCCGUGCUGAAGAAAUCUGCCAUUUCUCUCCACUACCUCUCAAAUGGCCAUCAGAAAUGGGUGGAAAAUCUACCUGACAGUGACACUGUUCAAUAUCAGACUGUAUAUUCUGGAGGAAAUGGAGAGGUAUUUGUUUUGGGAGUGGUCCCUCACUCCCACAUUGUUGUUGUGGCCUACAGCAUUGAAGAUGGAGAGAUUCUGAAGCAGACAUCAGUUGAAGCACCGUGGAUGUCCAGUUUAGAGAGCAGCUGCGUUGUGGUUGGCCCAGGAGUCCUGUUAUGUGUGGACCCAGUCACUCUUUCUCUGUACACACUACCACUGCAAUCUGAAGAAUCAACAGAGAUGAAUCAAAUCCUGCUGCAGACUCUGGAUCUGGAAGUGGCCUCAGGGUUUCAACCAGUUCUGACCUCCACCCAGCCCAACCCAGCACGACCUCCCCUCUCCACCUUCUUUCUGCAGCUCGGCCCAGACCACCACAUUCUUCUCCAACUCAGCGACGGCCUCAUAGCUCCUCUCAGGGACUUCUCCCCUUCUGUCCUGGUCACUUUUGCAACGACUGGUGAUAGGACUGUGGCUGCUGUCAUGACACCAAAAAAUGACACCGCAUGCAGUGUCAAUCUGUUUACUGUUGACUCUGGACGGAGGCUUCUUGACACCACAGUCAUCUAUCACAUGGACCCAAAUGGUGGAAAUCCAAUCAGAUUGUAUGUCCAUGCCUUCCUGAAGAAAGAUGACUCAGUGGGCUACAGGGUUAUGGUACAAACUGAGGACCUCACACUGACCUUCCUGCACCAACCAGGCAGAGUGGUCUGGACAAGAGAGGAGGCCCUUGCUGAUGUGGUGACUAUGGAGAUGGUAGACCUGCCGCUCACUGGGACACAGGCCGAGCUGGAGGGAGAAUUUGGGAAGAAAGCAGAUGGGCUCUUACCCAUGGUUCUCAAGCGUCUUUCCUCACAGUUCAUCCUUCUGCAAGCCUGGAUAGCCCACCUCUGGAAGCUUUUCUAUGAUGCCCGAAAGCCCCGGAGUCAGAUCAAUAAAAACGAGGUCACCAUUGAGACACUGUCACGUGAUGAGUUCAACCUGCAGAAGAUGAUGGUGAUGGUGACAGCCUCUGGGAAGCUCUUUGGUAUUGACAGCAAGUCAGGAACUAUCUUAUGGAAGCACUAUCUAAAGGACGUUCAACCCAAUGCAGCUUUUAAACUGGUGAUACAGAGGACCACAGCACACUUUCCCCAUCCUCCUCAGUGUACUUUGCUAAUUAAGGAUAAGGACACAGGACUAGCAAGCCUCCAUGUGUUUAAUCCUAUCUUUGGCAAGAAAAGCCAUAUUGGUGUGCCUGCUCUACCAAGGCCCAUCCUCCAGACCCUGCUCUUGCCCCUCAUUGACCAGGACUACGCCAAAGUUCUCCUCCUUAUCGAUGACCAGUAUAAGGUAACAGCCUUUCCAUCAACUAAGAAUGUCCUUCAGCAGCUUCAAGAGAUGGCCUCUUCUAUAUUCUUCUACCUGGUGGACUCUAGUCAAGGCAGACUCUCUGGUUUCCGGCUCCGCAAGGAUCUGUCUACAGAGCUGAUCUGGGAGGUUGUAGUCCCAGCAGAAGUUCAGAAAAUUGUAGCAGUGAAGGGGAAAAGAGCCAAUGAGCAUGUCCACUCCCAGGGACGUGUCAUGGGGGACAGAAGUGUGCUGUACAAGUACCUGAAUCCCAACCUGCUGGCUGUGGUGACAGAAAGCACAGACACUCAUCAGGAGCGUAGCUUUGUUGGAAUCUUCCUGAUUGAUGGUGUGACAGGUCGUAUCAUCCAUGAGGCAGUCCAGAGGAAGGCUAGAGGCCCUGUUCACUUUGUGCAUUCUGAGAACUGGGUGGUGUAUGAGUACUGGAACACGAAAUCGCGAAGGAAUGAAUUUUCAGUUUUGGAGCUCUAUGAGGGAACAGAGCUGUACAACAGCACAGUAUUCAGUUCUUUGGACAGACCUCAUCCGCCUCAGGUUCUUCAGCAGUCUUAUAUCUUUCCCUCCUCCAUAAGCACCUUAGAGGCCACGCUCACUGAGAAAGGCAUCACUAGCCGACACCUCCUUGUGGGUCUGCCAUCAGGAGCCAUUCUUUCAUUACCAAAGAUGUUCCUUGAUCCUCGGCGACCAGAGAUGGUCUCUGAACAGAGCCGGGAGGAGAAUCUAAUCCCAUACGCACCUGAAAUGCCUAUUCGCACUGAGUGGUUCAUCAACUACAACCAGACUGUGUCAAGAGUGAGGGGAAUUUAUACUGCUCCAUCUGGCUUGGAGUCUACAUGUCUGGUGGUGGCAUAUGGUCUUGACAUCUACCAAACGAGGGUGUACCCCUCCAAACAGUUUGAUGUGCUCAAGGAUGACUAUGACUACAUGCUGAUUAGCAGUGUGCUUCUUGGCCUAUUCUUUGCUACUAUGAUCAGCAAGCGAUUGGCACAAGUAAAACUGCUCAACCGUGCAUGGCGAUAAAGAACAUCCCUAUGGCUGGGUGACUGCUCCGAACCCUAAUGCUGCGUGGAUGAUUGCCACGUUGAUGGCAGGGAACCAGGUGAUACCAGUCUCAACAUGCAAGGUCAUCAAAUGUAUCUCCUGGACGAUGGAAACCCAGGCAACUGGGAGAGCGUAAUAACAAGGAUGGUUGCUAUUGAUUACCCGGUUUCAACAAGAACAAGCUAUCCUAUUUUCUGUUGUUUUCCAAUGUUCUGUAAUUUGUUUGUUUAAUUUGUUUUUUUUGUUUUUUUUUUAAUUUAUUGUGCCUCUCAGGGCAAUCUGGCUCACGUGUUGGAGAGAACAGAGUGAAAGGCCUACUCUUAGAAAAUGUGUAGAAAAACAAAAAGUGGAGCUCACUUUCAGAAAUCAGAAUCUCAUAUUGUUCAACUGUGAAUAUGAAACAUGUGAAAGGGGUGUGUUUGCCCAGAUAAUUAAUUGAAUAAUUACUAAUGGUCUAAUUACAUGGUAGGAAUAGAAUGUGUUUGGUGAAAAAGCUAAGUGGUGAAGACUUUUUGAAGGCUUGUAAGAAGUGUUUUGAUCAACUCGCUUCAGGAUCUGCUUUUGCUAGUGCUAAUUCAAUAUUUGAAUCAUCGUUACAAGAAAUUUCUUUUCUAGAAAUUAGAUUUUUUCCCCCAUCUUCUACUGAUUUUAGAUGUUGAAAUUUGAACAAAUUGUAUGGGAUCAUCUUUAUCAUUUUUGUCCAUUUAAUGUCAAAAGCACUGAAUUUGUCUGGUAGCAAAAUUCUGGCAAGAGGUACAAUUUCCCAAACAAAUCCUUCACUGACUGCAAUUGUUAGCAUUUUACUUGAACCUCAGUUUGUAUCUCUUGUCUGAAUAUGAACCCAUGUUUAUCUGUUUUGAAUUGGUCUGUUAAUAGUUUUUGACUUGUACAUAGUAUUUAUAUACUUUGGUUAUCAUUUGGAUGUAUCCCAACAGCCACCAAAACUUCAGUUCAGGUAACAAAAAUGAGUGUGUCUAUCAAAGGAAUUAUAAAUAAUUUUACUAUUAUAAUGUGUGAUUAAAUGGAUGGAAGUAUAUUUGAUCAGUUUCAUAACAUGCCCAAACUUUUUAAUGUGCACUGGUAACUUACAGAGCAUGUAACACUGUUUUCUUUUUUCUUCAAUUUAUCAAACAAUAAAACAUAUGUCACUUACCCUGUUCUGUUAUUUGCCU